AUGCAGGCUCAGAUAGGACAGUUUCUCGACGGCUCGGCUAAGUUGCUCAAGAUACUCCGCAGCUGGAAUCUUCACCAAACUGACGGCGAGCUGUGCGCCGUCAUCGACGGACUCUGGGCCUUUGUCGCAAUCGAGGGGUGGAGGGCCGUCGUGGAACUGAUCCCAGACAGCCUCAUGAACCCAACAUCGCGCCAUAGCCUGACGACGAUGCUGAGAAAGGGUGCAAGGUACAGAAACGCCGCGCGGGCCCUGUAUCGCGCCGCCAAGAAGCACCCCGUCGCGCGGCGCAUGGAAGCCGUCGCCGUCCACCUCCCCUCGUCUGCUUUCCAGAGGCCACCUCCUCCGUCCUCUCCGACAUCCCUCGACGGAACGACCAGCAGAAUCUUCGCAGGCCAGAAGAAGCAGCACGACAUCGUCGGCAGGAUGUGCCGGGCGCUGAAAACCGACCCGGCCGCAGCCCGCGCCGCCUUUGCUGCCCAGGCGCGCAACACGCUUGCCGACGGCAAGUUCCACGCCGAGGUCCAGCUUCUCAGCGCCAUCCUCGAGAGCGGCCCUUGCGCGACGCCCCGCGUCGUGUGCGCGAGCAAGGACGCCUGCUAUCUCUGCCACUGCCUGCUCCGGGCGCACGCCCAGCUGCACACGCCCCGGUGCCACGGCCGGCUCUACCCGGGGUGGCGGCUGCCGGCGACGCCCGCGUUUCGCCCGCUGCAGGCGGCGCUCAGCAAGACCCUGGAGCAAAAGAUACGGGACGGCGCGGGGGCGUUGCUGAGUGCCGACGGCGGGCGGCGGCGAGCGCGACGCGUCCACCCGUAUCCGUGCGAGAGCACGUGCUCGACGGCGGUGCUCUCGGACACCACGAUCGCGGUGGCCGAGCCGCUGCCUGUGGACGCUGGGGUGCCGCCGUCGGAGAACAGGUCAGAUGCUACGAUCGCGGAGAAGUCUCCAACGCCUCUGGAACCAAGCCCCUUGUCAAGCACGAUGCGGGACGGCAACGACCAGGCCGUGGGGAGCAGGGCUUCGUCGUUGCGCUCGCGGAGCUGGUCUAUCGGCGAGAGCUACGCACUCGCACAGGGCCAAGUCGUCGCCGCCAGCCUGCCGGCUGCGACAUCUGUCAUGUAUACCGCGGAUGCUCUACGGGUACAGCUAGAGUACACGGCGCGGCGGCAUCCAGGUUCGGGUGUGGAUGCGAGUCGUAGACUAGAAUAUCGGAUCCAGCAGCUCACGUCGCGAGAGGCUGAGAUACUACGCGAAGGAAGUUACACUUCCAUCGUUGAUGCAACUUCGCUCGCAACGACCGAGGACCGCACGUACAAGCUUCACGAGCUGGCCGACCUGUAUCUAGGGGCGGGCGACUGCAUCUUCCGACUUACACUACAGCCCGCGCGGCAGCCUUGA